AUGGUACGACAGUUCAAGCACCACGAGGGCAAGCUGCUCAAGAAGGUCGACUUUGUCAACUGGAAGACAGAUAAUGGCCACCGUGAACAGCAGGUGAUGGGCACCUUCCAUCUGCAGGACCGAGACGACUACAACAAGUACAACAAAAUCUGCGGUAAGAUCCGACAAUUAGCAUACAAGCUAUCUCAGCUCCAACCGGACGACCCUGUUCGAAUCAAGCACGAAAAGCUGCUUCUCGACAAACUCUACCAGAUGGGCAUUCUUUCCACCAACACCACCGUUUCGCAUCUGGAGACCAAGAUAUCUGUGUCUGCUAUCGCCAAGCGACGACUCCCCGUCAUCAUGCACAAACUCAAGAUGACCCAAAAACUGGACGCUGGAACUGCCAUGAUCGAGCAGGGUCACGUGAGAGUGGGUCCUCACAUUGUCACCGACCCUGCGUUUCUGGUGACCCGAAACAUGGAGGACUUUGUCACCUGGACCGACCGAUCCAAGAUCAAGAAGGCCACUCUCAAGUACCGAAACGAGCUCGACGACUUCAACACUAUGUAA